AUGGCUGCGAAGCUGCUGCUUCUCCUCUGCCUGUUCUCGGGCUUGCACGCUAGGUCCAGGAGGGUGGAAGAAGAUGAGAAUGAAGACUCUCCAUCAAAUCAGAAGUGGGUCUUAGCACCCAAAUCACAAGACACUGAUGUGACGCUGAUUCUCAACAAAUUGCUGAGGGAAUAUGACAAAAAGCUGAGGCCGGACAUUGGAAUAAAACCAACUGUGAUCGACGUGGACAUUUAUGUUAACAGCAUUGGUCCUGUGUCGUCCAUAAACAUGGAAUACCAAAUUGAUAUAUUUUUUGCUCAAACCUGGACAGACAGCCGCCUUCGAUUCAACAGUACAAUGAAAAUACUUACUCUGAACAGCAACAUGGUUGGCUUGAUAUGGAUCCCAGACACCAUCUUCCGAAACUCCAAAACAGCAGAGGCUCAUUGGAUCACCACACCCAACCAGCUCCUCAGAAUCUGGAAUGAUGGGAAAAUCCUUUACACAUUAAGGCUCACUAUCAACGCAGAGUGCCAGCUGCAGCUGCACAACUUCCCCAUGGAUGCGCAUGCCUGCCCCCUGACCUUCUCUAGCUAUGGCUACCCCAAGGAAGAAAUGAUUUAUCGUUGGAGGAAAAAUUCGGUUGAGGCAGCUGAUCAGAAAUCAUGGCGGCUCUAUCAGUUUGACUUCAUGGGCCUCAGAAACACUACAGAAAUCGUGACAACAUCUGCAGGUGAUUAUGUUGUCAUGACUAUCUACUUUGAACUGAGUAGAAGAAUGGGAUACUUCACUAUCCAGACAUAUAUCCCCUGCAUACUGACUGUGGUUCUGUCCUGGGUGUCAUUUUGGAUCAAAAAAGAUGCGACACCAGCAAGAACAACAUUAGGCAUCACCACAGUGCUAACCAUGACCACACUCAGCACCAUUGCCAGGAAGUCCCUGCCUCGGGUAUCCUACGUCACUGCCAUGGACCUCUUUGUGACCGUGUGCUUCUUGUUUGUCUUCGCUGCGCUAAUGGAGUACGCCACCCUCAACUACUACUCUAGCUGUCGCAAGCCAACCAUCAGGAAGAAGAAGACAUCGUUAUUACAUCCAGAUUCCACAAGAUGGAUUCCUGAUCGAAUAAGCCUACAAGCACCCUCUAACUAUUCUCUCCUGGAUAUGAGGCCUCCACCACCCGUGAUGAUCACGUUAAACAAUUCCAUGUACUGGCAGGAGUUCGAGGACACCUGUGUCUAUGAGUGUCUGGAUGGCAAAGACUGCCAGAGCUUCUUCUGCUGCUAUGAAGAGUGCAAGUCAGGCUCUUGGAGGAGAGGCCGCAUCCACAUCGAUGUCUCAGAACUGGACUCAUACUCCCGGGUCUUCUUCCCAACAUCCUUCCUGCUGUUCAACCUGGUUUAUUGGGUUGGAUACCUGUAUCUUUAAGUGCUGCUCUGAAGGAUGACUGAAGAGUACUUGAUUUAUGUUUUCCCUUCCCCCAUCCCCAAACAAGUAGUGACCAACCAAAAAAGUAGCAGGGAAGGACACUA